GUCUUCGUUCUUUUCUGCGCUUGGGAAUUUAGAACGGUCCCUGGGCCUCUGGUUCCACACCCUCCCGGCUGGGGGCGUGCCCGGAAGUGCUCGUACGGAAGCCGGCGGGGCCGCGCGCCGCUCUUCACCAUGGCGACGGCGGGCGCCCCGCGGCGCUUCUGCCGCUGCGCCUGCUUCUGCUCCGAGAACUUGUACGUGGCGCGCUACGGGCUGCACGUGCGCUUCCGGGACGAGCAGCAGCUGCGCCAGGACUACGGCCCGAUCCUGCGCAGCCGAGGCUGUAUCAGCCCCAAGGACUUCCAGCAGCUGUUAGGAGAGCUUGAACAGGAGGUGGAGAGGCGGCGGCUGCUGGGGCCGGAGUCAGCUGCCAGGAAAGCCCUCAUCGCAAGCUCCUACCACCCGGCGCGACCCGAGCUCUACAAGUCACUGCAGGAUGCGGCUCUGGCUCCCGAGUUUCUGGCUGCGACUGAGUACAGCACGUCACCGGGCGCGGGCCUCGAGGGCCUCCUCCAGCGUCUGGAGACAGUGUCGGAGGAGAAGCGCAUCUACCGGCUGCCGGUGUUCACAGCACCGUUCUGCCAGGCCCUGCUGGAGGAGCUGGAGCACUUCGAGCAGUCGGACAUGCCCAAGGGAAGACCCAACACCAUGAACAACUAUGGGGUGCUGCUGCACGAGCUAGGCCUGGAUGAGCCGCUGGUGACGCCACUGCGGGAGCGCUUCCUGCAGCCGCUAACGGCCCUGCUGUACCCAGACUGUGGUGGAGGCUGGCUUGACAGCCACCGCGCCUUUGUGGUGAAAUACGCACUGGGCCAGGACCGUGAGCUGGGCUGCCACUACGAUAACGCUGAGCUCACCCUCAAUGUGGCCCUGGGCAAGACCUUCACGGGGGGCGCCCUGUACUUCGGGGGCCUCUUCCAGGCGCCUUCAGCCCUGGCCGAGCCCCUGGAGGUGGAGCACAUGGUGGGCCAGGGCGUUCUGCACCGGGGCAGCCAGCUGCACGGGGCCCGGCCCCUGGGCACUGGAGAGCGCUGGAACCUCGUUGUCUGGCUCCGGGCCUCUGCUGUGCGAAACCGCCUCUGCCCCAUGUGCUGCCGCAAGCCUGACCUGGUGGACGACGAGGGCUUCGGCGACGGCUUCACCCGAGAGGAGCCCACCACAGUGGAUGUGUGUGCACUGACUUGAGCCUGGUAGGGCCCAGUCGGGGGAGGGGGGGUGGCACCGUGCAGAGGGCUCUGCCACCUUGGGCUGGGCAAGGCAGAAAUAAACUUUGUGCAUCCCUCAGUACUUCUGGGCUCAAGAGGACAUGCAGGCUUCUGGGUCAUUCUUUCAGCAGACAGGCUGGCUCAGGUUGGCUUUGUUAGAAGCAGAGCCUGCGGUGGGGAUUCCUGUGCAAGUGGUUUGUUGAGGAAACACCCUCAGGGGAAAGUGAGGGAAGAAGGAUGGGGCAGGAAGGAGCUGGGCCAUGAUGUGGUGUCAAGUGGAAUCCAGUCUCAGUGGACCCCACGGGGAGCUCUGGAGCAUCAGUUGUACAAUUUGCCCCCAGCAUCAGUUAUAGGUGUGUCGGCCCGGGGCGGGGAGGGGUGAGUAACUUCCCAGACAUGGAUCUCCAAGGCAAGAUGGCUCCCAGGGGCCAAGGGAAUCUUCCGGGGAGCUGUGAGCAGUGGACAUCACAGCUGGGGGUGAGUGCACCUGCCUAUGAAGGGGAUUUGGGUGGGCCACCAAUAGCAUCUUCUAGACAGUGUUGAGGGCUUACUGAGGAGGGGUGAAGAGCGGGGACUCUGGACCCAGACUGCCUAACUUUGAACUCUGAUUCUCCCCGUGGGUAAGCCACUGACGUCUCUGUGCCUUAGUUCCCUCUCUAGAGGUGCCUGUCUCCUAGAGCUGUUGUGAGAACCAAAUGACUUAACGUUUAUAAAGUGCUUUAUAAGA